AUGUGUGCUAAAUGCACAUUGAUAGCUGAGAGACAGCGCGUUAUGGCAGCUCAGGUCGCGCUAAGACGGCAGCAGAGUCAAGAUGAAAAGGAGGCGAAGGAUCUGGAAAUGCUACUGAGUGUUGGAAAUGCAAAUCAACUGCUGAACCUGAUUCGAUAUGGGGAAUCGACAACGUCGAGUGUGAGUUUAUGUGAUGGUGAUAGCAACUCGAAAGUGGAUAGUGUGCAGGGGAGACACGCAACGGCGAUUGACUAUGCUCAGGCCGAUGGUGGCAUCACCAGAGGUUUGUUAGACACUGUAAUUAUUCAUUGCUAA